AUGUCCGAAAUCAAAAGUAAAAAGAAUGGAAAGCAUGUUCAGUUUGCUGAGGACAAACUUGAACAUUGUUAUCAAUCGUUGGUUUUUGAGGACGAAAACGAUCUUACCUUCCAUAUUCCUGGUAUCUAUGAUAAUGUUUGGAUUCCGAUAACCAAUGAAUAUAUCUUGAAUCAACGACGAAAUGAGCUGCUUCAUCAGCAGCAUAAGCCAGGUGCGGACCAACAACCAACGAACGCUAGUCUUCAAUCUCAACGUAUGGCAAAGUGUAAAAACUGUUGUAAAUCUUUGACAACCUUUAUCUUCUCACGUGUUGGCCUUUGUUUACUUGUUGUGGCAUACGCAUUUGGCGGAGGAGUCGUCUUUCAAUUUCUCGAAGGUCCACAUGAAGGUGCAGUGACCGAAGUUGUUCAACGACGUUUACACAUUACUGUCGAGAAACUGUUCAAUACCAGCGAACAUGCGAAAGUUCUCUAUCAAGCUAAUUGGACAUCGAUGGCACGACGAAUUCUAGAAGACUAUCAACAAGAACUUGUUCGACAAACGAAACGAGGAUAUCAAGGCGAACGAGUGGAUGACGAUGGAAAUAGUGCCAAACAGUGGAAUUUUGCCGGUGCCAUUCUUUAUGCUAUUACUGUCAUCACAACUAUCGGCUAUGGACAUAUCACUUGUAAAACGUCUUAUGGCAAAAUCGUGACUAUGAUCUAUGCAAUAUUCGGUAUUCCUCUCAUGUUAUUAUGCUUAGCUAAUAUCGGUUCGACCAUGGCGGAUGCAUUUCGCUUUAUUUAUUGCCAUGUUUGUUGUUCGUAUUGUAAUAUGGUGAAAAAACGUCGUAAUCUUCGAGCUUUACAAUCCGUGGAAUUAUCACACAAUCCACCUUCAACGUCAGCAACAUCCGAAUCUCUUCCAGGUUUAUCCACGAAUGCUACUGAAACGCCACCAUCGACCAAUGUGGUGGAAUUCGUUGAUAAUUUCAAUAUGGAUUAUCGGAAAACUACUAUACCAAUUAGUGUUACACUCUCCCUACUAUCGUCAUAUUUAAUUCUCGGAGCUAUACUCUUUAGUGAAUGGGAAGGAUGGAGAUUUUUAGAUGGUGCUUAUUUUUGUUUUGUCACAUUAGCUACAAUUGGCUUAGGCGAUUUAGUGCCAGGUAAAUCGAUAACAUCCACACAGGUCGAAGGUAAACUAGUUAUCUGUGCUCUCUACGUUCUGUUUGGUUUAUCUUUAAUGGCCAUGUGUUUUAAUCUCAUGCAAGAAGAAGUUCGAGCGAAAUUUCGACGAUUAGGAAAUAAACUUGGCAUUAUCGAUGAUCCAAAUUUUUGGUAA